CUUGGCUCUAGUAUAUGUCAAGCGAAUUCCUUGAAAGCCAGGGCCAGGAUCAUAAGCCCACUGCUUUAAUUAAGCACCCUAAACAGGGAGCUGUAAAAACGGUGUGGCCUGCUGUACGAAAAGUGCUUCAUAGUAUAGGAGAUCGAUACUGGGUAGAGUCAGGUUUCGAAGGCCGAUGACCCAGCUCCGGGAAGCACAGGCCCAGGACAUACGUCGUAGGUUGUGAUAGAAAGAAGCCGGCAAAACUGUGGUCGGUUUCCUUGAAAUUGCUGGAUAGGGAUGGUGAAUCUUAAAAUAACAGGGUAAUUGAUCUGUCCGGUGGGCUUACGAUAGUAUAGCUACAAGCGCAAUGGAAAGGAUACAAA